AUGUGCUGCAAAUCUCCUGAAUCGCCGCAGCGCUACCAGUCGGAGUCCAAGGCCAAUCACAAAAGAAAUCUGAGUGGUGGCACGUCUGAUGCCUCGCCUAUGAGAAGAUCCAAACGACAGAAAUCAAACAUCAACCUCAAGGAACUGUCUUCCCCAGAGCCAUCAGAUACAGAAACCAAGGACACUGCUCCUGCGGUGAAAGAAGAGGCUGUGGGUGAAAGUGCCCCAGCUGCUGUUCCCAAGGGAAAACCAAAGAAGGCCCCGGUGAAGAAAGAAGCCAGCGAGGGCACCGAUAGUGUCAAGCCUGUCAAGAAGGCGAGGAAGUCCAAAAAAGAUCAAGAAACCGAAGCUAUGCCGCUGGCAGCUCGGACUCAAGGUCUGCGUAUGUUCGUUGGAGCACACGUCAGUGCUGCGAAAGGCGUCUUCAAUUCCAUUCAUAACAGCCACAACAUUGGCGGUAACGCUUUUGCCUUGUUCUUAAAGUCGCAAAGAAAAUGGGACAAUCCAGCGCUACAAGAUGACCACCGUGAUCAGUUCCGUCAGCUAUGCGCAGAAAAGGGUUACGAUGCAUCCAAACACGUUCUCCCCCAUGGUUCCUAUCUCGUGAACCUAGCCCAAAGCGACAGUGCCAAAUCCAAACAAGCAUAUACUUCAUUCCUAGAUGAUCUCCGCCGCUGCGAAGCCCUUGGAAUUACACUCUACAACUUCCACCCGGGAAGCACCAACCAAACCCCUCUCCCAGAGGCACUCGCCCGCCUAGCAAGCACCCUCACUCAAGCCAUCCAGGAAACAUCAACAGUGAUCCCAGUUCUGGAAACAAUGUGCGGCCACGGCAACACCAUCGGCGGAGCCCUCUCGGAAUUCCGAGAUCUCCUCGCUCUCAUCCCGAAAGAACAUCAUUCCCGUAUUGGUAUCUGCGUUGAUACCUGCCACAGCUUCGCAGCCGGCUACGACCUCACCUCUCCAGAAGGCUUCAAAGCUUUCCUCGCAGAGUUCGACGAGUUAAUCGGCAUCCAGUUCCUCAAAGCCCUGCACCUAAACGACUCCAAAGCUCCACGCGGCAGCAAACGAGACCUACACGCCAAUAUCGGCACCGGCUUCCUCGGCCUGCGCGCAUUCCACAAUGUGAUGAACGAGCCCCGGUUCGAGGGUCUACCCAUGGUUCUCGAAACACCUAUCGAUCGUGUCCCAGGGAAGGCUACAGCCGAUGAAGACGCCGUUGAGGGCACUGAAGGAGAAGAUGAGAAGCCGAAAAAGGGUGCAAAGAAAGGACCAAAGCGGCCUGCGGCGGCUGGCGCAGCUACUGUUCAGGAUCCAGGUGUCUGGGCACGCGAGAUCAAGCUGCUCGAGUCUCUUAUCGGGAUGGAUCCUGAAAGUGAAGAGUUCAAGGCUCUUGAGGCUAAGCUCGAAGAGGAGGGUCGUGCGGAACGCGCUAAGCAUCAGGAUCAGUACGAGCGAAAGCUUGAGGCGGAUGAGAAGAAAAAGGCCAAGGGACCUCCUAAGCCGAAGGGGCAGAAAAACCUUAUGGAUAUGAUGAAGGAGGGUGCGAAAAAGGAGUAG